AUGCCCUCAGCAGAUCCGCCGUCACAGGUGCCUCCUCUGCAAGCAAAGUCCUCAAUCGAGGUCAAUACCGAGGCUUCCGCAACCGUGAAAGAAGCCCAGCAAGCAGAGGCAGAGGAAGAGUUGCACUUGCCCGUGGACCUUCACCAGAUCAAGCUCAUUUCUGUGGCGCUCAAGGAAGCCGCUUUGGACUCUCCGUCGUUCAGAGCGUCGGUGGCUCAUUUACAUAACCAGCUAAUGACCACUGAAAAAUGGAUUCUAGCUCUUAGACUGUCCCUAACGAAAAUUCCGAAACAGGUGAAGGAAUUGCAAAGCUACGUCGACUCAUUUCUUGAGUAUAUGACGCCACAGUCGUUGCUGGACGGCCUUGUGGACCAAGAGUACACCCAGACAGCGAUGAAUGCGAUCUUCGAUGGGCUUCGGAUGAUCUGGGACAUCAGUUUGGGGUUGCUCAAUUUCUCGAUUCCCCGACUCGAAACGACAAAAGACCACAUCAUUGAACGCAUUGCCCUAUACCAAACAUACAAAAUGCGGUACGACGUGGCCCAGGCCAACUACGAUAAGUUCUUGCAGAUCCACAUGGCCACGCUGAAGCUGAAAGACCCGGCGUUGAUUAUGGAGGACCUGUUGCAGCUAUUCAAUGUGAGGAAGGAGUAUUUGAAUGCUAGUCUUGAUUUAAUUCUCGAACUAAACCAGGUGAUCGAUCAAGUGAACAACCGGUUGGUGAGGUUUAUCUACCUCAUGUGGCACCAGAAAAUGGAGCGGUUUGGCUCACACCCGAUUGUCACACAGCUCUUAGGUGACGUUUGGAAUCAUUUAAAAAAGAUAUCGUCCUGGUGUGACCACCACAGAAGCUCUGUGGGCAAGCUUCACAAGGACAUGGAGGCAGCACGGAAACAAAUUCAAGAGUCGACCAUUGCCACUUUUUUUCCUUCGGGAGACAUUAACGAUUACAGAUCGUCACUCAUAAGUGGGGCAGUAUUGUCGCUAUACCCCGAGUCCGCAGUUGAGAAGCACGGGUAUUUGUUCAUGAAAACAUACGUCGAAAAAUCCACAAAACCCGUAUGGGUGCCACGGUGGGCGUUUCUCCAAGGAGGAGUCUUUGGUCUCUUGGAGCUUAGUCCGUCUGGAACGGCAGUCCAGGAAACCGACAAGAUUGGCGUUUUGAUAUGCAACACGAAGUACACCCCCAACGAAGAAAGAAGGUUUUGCUUUGAGCUCAAGACCAUAGACACCACUUUAGUGUUCCAAGCAGAAACCGUGCAAGAGCUUUCUCUGUGGCUCAAAGUGUUUGAGAAUGUAAAAAUGAGAAUCACGGACUCCACAGACCCAAUGUCAAGCUUGUUGGGUAUUGCCAGCAAUAGGUACCCUCCUCUUAUGAACGAGUUUGCAUCCACAGUCAACACAUCCACAGACAAGCAGUUGACAAACUCGAAGAUCAUCAACAAGGAAGGUCAGAUCAUAACAUCUUCCAAGUUGUCUACUCAUUUGAUAAAAAAUCAAAAACUAUUCCAAACUUUUAUUUACAGCCAGGUAACAAAGAUCAGACUUCCCUUCUUUACUGAGUACAGCCGCUCAGCUCUCAUUGCCUACAGUUUUGCCGGCUCCACAGUUGUGCCCACAGCACUCAGCGCCAACAUCUGGGGCUCCUUGAACUGGGGCGUAUACUAUUUGCAUGAUGACACAAUUGAUAGAGGUGCCAAAGAGCCCGAGUUCUCACCCGAGGAUAUAUUCACUAAGCAAAUUGGCCAAGGCAUCAUGGUUCCGUCGAACUAUCCAGACACGCUUUUAGCGAGCGAAAUUCAGUUGAGGGCACUUUUUGAGGCUGAAGUUGAUGGAGAUGAGUGUUGUUUGCUUUCAUUUCAUUGUCUUUGGUCACCAAACUCCAAUCAAGAGCUUCGAAGCACUGCCUUCAUUACGCAUAAGCACUUUUACUUCUAUCUUCACUCGCUGGGAUUCGUCUCUCUUUGCAAAAUUCCAAUCGACCAAAUCGUUGAAGGGUCUUGUGUGCUUAAAAAGACGUACGAUUAUGUCAAAGUGUUCAGAGUCAACGGUCUGAUGAAGCUCAAGAUUUUUUUGGAUGAGGGAAUCUUGAUAGCACAAAAGAUCAACGGCAUCGUCGAGAAUUGCACCAGUAACAAUCCUCUAGAUGUAUGUGGCUUGAUCAACAAACUCAAAGAUAUUGAACGAGAUUACGAGCUGAAGAAGGAGGAACUUAUGCAUAUGGCCCAAAACAAAGCCUCCACAAAUGAGGCUAGCUCAUUCCAGAUUGAUCGUAAUCCUCAUGAUCCAACCCCUCGUUUCAGAGUCGACUUCAGUGACGACAUGUACCAUCUUUGUCAAUAUACUAUCAAACUUCCACCCAAAGCAGUUUUUCAUAUACUUUUUGGAGCAAAGUCUCAUGUGUUGGAUGCAUCUUACCCCGUGGUUUCCGUCAAAUACAUCACAAAAGGGUCGUGGAUGAAGGUUCCGGGUAAUGAUCGAGGUUUAUACAGAGAUUUUCUCUCUGCUUUGGUAUACCACAACGGCAAAACUGAUACGGUGACGGUUAGACAAGAAAUCGAGGAUAUGAGCGAUAAUGAGUACUACUGUUGCAAAGCGCUGAGAUCAAUGUUCAAGUUUGGUAUGGUGACGUUUGAAAUCAAGUCGAGAAUUGUCAUUAUCGCCACGGAAGGUGGCAACUCUCGGAUACUUUACUAUGCCCUGAUAGAUUUUGACAGAAAGAAUAUCAUCAAUCCAAUCCUCAAGAACUUGUUCAAGACAUUCCAGCUUUCCUUUGCCAAUGGUAUAUACCGUCGUUUGGAAAAGACGUCCCUGGUGAUUGGUAGCCACGGCCAAAUCGCCAAGGCCAUCUACUUAUAUGGCAAGAUUCCUGUUGCAGAGACUCCAUACGUUGUUCCAAAGCCUAAUCCCACAAAAUUAAACAUCGACACAUUGUUUCGCUUGAUGGCCAGGGGAACUGCCGGAUCGAUCUGGAGAAAAGCUAAGGAGUUUGUCUACUUUGUGAUCCGUACCACUCAAGCAUUUUUUAGCAGCUUGUCGAUGCACAUGUUCUUGGUUUCUGUGAUCUUUGUUUUGGGAUUGAUGAAUGUGUUUUUUAUGGGUCGUUCAACGGUCACUUACUGGCAAGCUAAGAAUGCAAAGGGUCUUAUGUUGGACGUUAUACACAAUGAGCCAAUGGUGAUGGAGCGUGCUAUUUACUUGAAGGAAGUACAAGAGCUCAUCAAGAAGCAGCACGUUACAGGGGAUAAUUCCACUUGUUUCCAAAUCUUCCAAAACCAGUCAUUUGUUGCCAACUACGACCAAGCGCUGGCAUGGAAGUUGCGGUACGAGGAUGACAUUGCACAAACCGUGGCCACCAACCUUCGGAAAACUUUAAGAGAGAUUGGUAUACGUCGUAAUGAGUUGAUCGUGAGUUUGCAAAUGUUGAACCAACUUGAAGAAGAGGUGGCUAAAGGCGAAUGGCACAACUGGCUUCUGGACGAGCUCGAAAAAUGCAGCUACCUUACAAAUCCGCCCAAUGAUGAACAAGAAGUGCUGAAGGAAAUCAAGCUGAUGUAUGCAGAUGGGGUGGAUCAGUUGUUGGCCUUCUGUGAUUGCUGUUCACAGGAGAUGGCGCAAAUAAAACAAGAAGAAUAG